AUGUCAGAACCAACUCCUGUCUUCGACCCUCCCGUCCUCGAAAAUGGAACGAGCGCCGUAGAAGCUGAUGGCAAUGCGCCGCCUGCUUCAACAACGGACAACGGAGGAGCCAAGGAUAACAAUGGGCAGGACGUCACAAUGGCUGGGGUAGAGGAUUCGGGAGUCAAGGCUUUGAAGCCUGGAGAAAACCCAGCUACAAACCACCUCCUUCCCACCUCCACCACACUUCGCCCAUUGAACAGGCAUAGACAAGACAUGAUGGCCUCACCCAACUCCACGUCGUCGAGCCUGAACUGUGCCAAACCCUCUCCUACCGCUUCAUACCGCAGCCCUCGCAACCCAGGCCUCGUCCACCUCACAGUCCCUUCUAACCGUCUCGCCCAGCUCUCGCUUGCCAGCAACAACGCGACUACAACCACCGCCGCCUCCACCUCGACCAAUCCGCCCACUCCCAACCGCACCUCCACGCCUACUGGCUCCAAGGAAAACGUGCCUGCCCGUCUGGACAACAACACCUCCUCCUCGCGCGCCGCCUCGGCCGCCCCGGCCGACCGCACUGCUGAUAGAGUCACCAUGCCCACCGAGCCCGCCGCCCACGGCGCCCCCACGCGCCAGUACCUGAACAGCAAGGUGACCUAUCACGUCAUGGAAGGCAUGAAGGUCGUGGCCAAGGAGCAGCCCGCCGACCCCCUCCGCGUCCUAGGCGAAUUCCUGCUCAAGCGCAGCGCCGAGCUCGAGCGUGCCACUACAGAUGGUACCCCUGCUGCCGCCUCUGCUCCCGAAGGCGACAAGGAGAAGAAAGAGAACGGCGCCGAUACCACCACCGAGCAAUAG